CCGCCCAAAAUACACGCGGCUAAACUUUCAAACAGCGACGCGUGUUUAAACGUUGCGCAUUACCGAACGAGUCGCCACACGAUAAUCCAGCGAGCCAGACGAGCUGAGAACAAGUGUGAAACGCAGAGCUACAGAGGGUGAGAACCGAGAGGAACCGUCCUCGCCUAAAUAAAAACGGUGCCGAGUGUGAACGCAAUAAGAAAAUCCUCGAACUCGACGAAAUAACUCGCGCGUGAGUGCGUUUUUUCCACGUGCACGUUGAACGGUCGACGAAUACCAAUCCGUAUCGACUGUCAGCAGAAUCCGAACGAAUUUCGAACGGUCUGUGUCCAUAUAAAAUUACCGGCUCAGGUUAUCCAUCGGCGAUGAAGGACACGACGAAGUUAACCGAUCCCGAGGCGGAUCGUCGUCGCGAUAAUCCGAGUCAGAAGGGCGAUACGAAGCGCAGAAACAGUCCAUCGAGGGGUCUGGAGUCCUCCAAACGACGCCAAGAGUUCGGCGACGACGAGUGCAGCACGGACAGCGGAUGCAGCAGCGGCGGAAGCUCCGGAAGUGCGGAGAAACUGUCGCGUCACGGUAGCGGCGAACGCCUCUGUCGCGCUACCAGGCUCUCGAGAACGCAUUGCUACCUGGACCGACUUCGAGGUCGGCCGACUCGCUCUCAGGAGCGACUACCAAGUGUCCAGAGAAGCUCUGAUCGCGUUCGUGCCACGUCCUCCCGCUCCUGGAGUCCAGGAGACCUCCAAAGGAACGCGAGGACCAACGGGUCCCACUCGUACUCCCCCAGUCCAUCGGACGCUCAAAGCAGCAGCGACAGCGAAUCGCUGAAGAAGCCCUUCAACGCGGACACCCUCCGCCGAGCCUUCCAAACCCUGAAGAUAGCCUCCAAGUGGGAGGGCAAAGAGAACAAGCACGUGAAGAAGAGUCCGAAGAGGAUCCUACGCAGUCCGGUCUCCUACACGUACGUCAGAGGUCUUUCGGGGCUGCCAACGCAGAGGGUGCCGAGGAACGUCGCUCAACAACUGACGAUGCCGUGUUCCUGUCAAGAUUCCGUCGCCCUCUAUCGAUAGAGACCGAUAUCGACGCAUUCGAUCGAUUAGCUCACUUUCAUAUCAGCCUUCUUCCGUUCGAUACCACCUAGUCCCAUCCCAUCCCCAUUCGAUCGUCGUCGUCGCGUCAACGACCGAACGAACACCCUUCAUCCUCGAACCAUUCCUCGCGGUGUCGCGAGUUCCCUUUUUCACUCGCCUUUUCUAUCCGACGUUUUUCCGUGCUCCCGGUUCAAUGUUUAGAGACCAUUACUUUCGAAACCUCGACCAAACGAGUGGAUCGCAACGUGUGCGAGCACACGAUAGAACGGCACUACCGAAACGGCACUAUCGCAGGGGGAUGAUUUACGGGACACGCCUAGAUACACUGUCCCCGAGGACAGCGAAUCCGAAUUUAGUCGCGUAACUUUAACGGUCCAACGACCGUGUCAUUCCAUUGUUGUUCUUCGAGAAUUUUUAAGGGGGGAGGAAUGGAGAAAAUGUUCAUUGUAGACGGUCGAGGCUUUCAACCCUUCGUCGACGUGAAUAUCGAAGUAUAUACGCGAAGACGUGUGCGAAAGAUUCUUCCACGCAUCGGGUUCGUCUACACACCGAACGCUGAUAGGCGUUUGCCGCAUGCAGCUCACGAAUUCGUCGAUCGUCCGCGAGGGGUUGAAAAUCCGUCCAACGCCGAAGUGACGAUAGCGUUGCGAGCGCAUAGCCUACUCGCUGUUAUUCGUAACCGAGAUAGAUCACGUAGAAACGAAAUAUAAUCGUACAAGUGUAUAUGUACUUUUUGUAGGAACGAAUAGUAAUACCCAUCGAUAACAUGUACGCUAGCGAUAACAAAUAGUCACCUACACGCGCGAGCGAGUUCGGUGGUCGUGGAAACCACGCGUUUCGCAGCCCCUUUCGACCAGCAAGUACAAAGGGAAUGAAAAAGUUGGAGUAGGGGAUGGCGAAGAAACGAGAGAAAGCGGUAAUCGUCGAUACGGCCAGCUCUUCCUCUCGAAUCGCGGCGAGGAGGCGAAUUCUCUUGUUCUUCUCUCGAUAGAUCAUUUUAUGCGAAAGGAUAUAUCGUUUAUCAUAUUAUCUCGUCACGAAAUCGAGAUCGGUUAAUCGCACGGUAUUACGAGUCAAUUACGUGGACGUGUCGAGAUCGUGCAAAUAUACGCGUCCUACGAGAAGAAUCCAGCGAUCUAGAGAUCUAGCGGUUCCAGCGCGAGGCGUGCGAAAGAAACGAAAAUGGAACUGUACGCGUAAUUUUUGGACGAUCGCGUACACUGCGCAUAGUGUAGAAUAAUUUGCUCGUUAAGGAUACUACUAAAACAUAUCACCAUUCGAAGAUUGUAACACGUAUCGCUCGACGCAACCUCUCGACAGCGAGCCUGGAAGCCAGCCAAUUUAGAGUCGUCUGCGAAACACUGGAGAUGGGCAAGAUUUUAUUUGAAUACCAUAUGAGCGAGCAUUCUUACUCGAUUAACACGUUGACCGUCAUAUAUAUGGGUGACAGGGCUUCUCAUCGAGAAACCAAAAAAAAAAUAUUAUGGUCCAUUGAAGUUUACAAAAUUACCUGGCACCCAUUAUCUUUCAGACACGCUUAUUGUGUACAUCGAUCCGUUAGCAACGUGUUAAGAUAAGCUUCCAUCUAAACGUAAUACGAUUACGUAAUUGAAAUUGCGUUCUUCAGCCGUUUCUCUUUCUCUCGUUGCCCGAGAUUUCGUAUCCAGGUGAGAAUUUUGCCCAUCGUCCGAGCGCGAGGAAAGUAGAUCGGGUCUCGUUCCAGUUCAAACUCUCGUCGAGCUCGCUAGAGAUGAGAACGAUGAGAGGCAGAUAGGGCAGCGCGGUCGAGCGGACGCGACGAACCGCGCCGUGGCAUAGAAAAUUUUCUUAUCGAACUGUCGUCGGUUAUUGUUCUCAUUUAUCGAAAUGAACAAACAAAAGAAAAAGAAAAAACGAACGUAACGGGUACACACGGUACGUUCACAUGUAACGCGAUCUUCCAGUGCCUUUGGAAUACCUGCCGCGUGAUUGCACGGUAUGUCGCGAAGCAAUUGGCACACGGUAAAAUAAAAAUUCUGUACAAUGUCUUGCGUCUCGUACAGUGACAGCAAACAAAGUGCUAAAUAGGUAUUUCUACGAAUUCGUACGCGCGCGAUUGCGCAAUGGUCGUUGCGUGAGAAUGCGAGGGAAUGCGAGCAAGAUAAAAAAUACACACACACAGAAAUCUCAGGACUGAAUGUUUUGUAUUAAGUAUUACCUAUGUCGAUACUCGUAGUUUACGUCUCAAAUAAACGUUUUACAUUCAAAACGCUCGUGAACUUCUUUGACCAUGGUCCCCUGUUCCUAUCCUUCGAGAAUAGUUGCCUCGUUGUUCAUCGUCGAGCAAUAACUGAAUAAUGUAUGAAAGCGGCGUUAAAAGUCGAAUUCGAAGACUCCAUCUCAUCUGGAGCCCGGAGGAUUAAGGGGAAUCCGCUGGUGAAAACCAUGCGGCGCG